AGAAUAUUGCAUCAUCUCCUGUAGGACCCUUUUCUUUUUAUUCAUUCAUAAAAGAAGAACGAGAUAAUACAUUUCUAUCGUAAAAUUCAAAAGGACACAUGAUAAAACAGCUGAUUUUUGAUAACUGCAAAGUUUUACUAGUGAUAAUACAAUAGAAAACUCGUACUGCGUAGAAUUCGGUGUAUUAAAUCAUUCAAGCAAUCUCCGCAGCAUACUGAAAUUCCUUUUAUGUUCAAGAUGGCGGGUGACGAGUCUGGAAUAACGCUGGGUCAGCCUCAUCUUUCCAAACAAGAUUUAAAUUCGCUGGAUGUGUCCAUCCUGACCCCUCUCUCCCAAGAGAUCAUCAGCAGACAGGCCACCAUCAACAUUGGCACCAUUGGUCAUGUGGCCCACGGAAAGUCAACGGUGGUCAAGGCCAUCUCAGGUGUUCACACUGUCCGCUUCAAGAACGAGCUGGAGAGGAACAUCACCAUCAAGCUAGGUUACGCUAACGCCAAGGUGUAUAAGCUGGACGACCCCAGCUGUCCCAGGCCAGAGUGCUACAGGUCGUGUGGCUCCAGUACUCCUGAUGAGUUCCCUACAGACAUCCCUGGAACCAAGGGCAACUUCAAACUGGUCAGACAUGUGUCCUUCGUGGACUGUCCCGGUCACGACAUUCUGAUGGCCACCAUGCUGAACGGAGCGGCUGUCAUGGACGCUGCCCUCCUGCUCAUUGCGGGUAACGAGUCAUGUCCCCAGCCCCAGACCUCUGAGCACCUGGCUGCCAUAGAGAUCAUGAAGCUCAAACACAUCCUGAUCCUCCAGAACAAGAUCGAUCUGGUCAAGGAGAGCCAGGCCAAAGAGCAGUACGAACAGAUCCUAGCCUUCGUACAGGGUACAGUGGCAGAGGGAGCACCUAUCAUUCCUAUCUCAGCACAGUUGAAGUACAACAUAGAGGUGGUGUGUGAAUACAUUGUCAAGAAGAUCCCUGUCCCCAUCAGAGACUUCACCUCAGAACCCAGACUCAUCGUGAUCCGGUCAUUUGACGUCAACAAGCCGGGUUGUGAGGUAGAUGACCUGAAAGGAGGCGUGGCUGGAGGUAGUAUACUAAAAGGCGUGCUCAAGGUGGGACAGGAGUUGGAGGUACGUCCAGGCAUUGUGUCUAAGGACCAUGAGGGGAAGCUGAUGUGUAAACCCAUCUUUUCCAAGAUCGUCUCUCUGUUCGCUGAACACAACGACCUGCAGUAUGCGGCACCCGGAGGACUCAUUGGUGUUGGCACUAAGAUUGACCCGACCCUGUGCAGAGCUGACCGUAUGGUUGGUCAGGUGCUGGGAGCGGUCGGCGCGCUACCAGAGAUCUUCACAGAGCUGGAAAUCUCCUACUUCCUGUUGAGGAGGCUUCUGGGAGUCCGCACUGAAGGAGACAAGAAGGCUGCCAAGGUCCAGAAGCUGUCUAAGAACGAGGUGUUGAUGGUGAACAUCGGCAGUCUGUCUACGGGCGGCAGAGUGAGUGCAGUGAAGGCUGAUUUGGCUAAGAUCGUCCUGACCAACCCCGUCUGCACCGAGGUCGGAGAGAAGAUUGCGCUCAGUCGUCGUGUGGAGAAACAUUGGCGUCUGAUUGGCUGGGGCCAGAUCAGGAGGGGGGUGACCAUCACCCCCACGGUGGACGACGACUGAGGAACCAGACAGGAAGUGUGUCUUCAUGGCAACACCCUCUCAACCAGACGACAUGCCCAACAUACUCUUUUUCAUACACCAACACCUGUUCAAGUUGAAAAAGAGAAUACCUGCCCCAGGAGGGGGAAGGGAGGAGGCUGCAUCGCAAUAGUCUAAACUGGCUUCAUCACUUUGUCUUCUCUCAUCUGCACUUAUAAAGACCUGGGACAGGGGAAAGCAGAUUACUUGUAUUAGAAAUCUACUGCUUACCUGUCUUGUUUUCAGAUCAGUGCAGACGAAGGAGAAUAGACGAGGAGAGGAAGCCACAGUAGAGUAUUGAGAUACGUCCAGGGAGGGGUAAGGGAAGGUAGCUGGUCAGGGGUUUUAAGAUGAGUCUCCCAAAGCAGGACUGUGACUGACUGAACAGGGGGCAACACUCACAAUGCUACAGAUGGCAAUGUAAUGGAUAGAGCUGAGAUGACACGAGUCCCUAUUCAUUCCACCUGAUGGAAAAUCCUGUCUUGUUAUAUUUCUAUCUGGCUGUACAGUAAGCGUUGCUCCCUCCGGAAUAAGCCCUGCCACAGACGGGAGAGGAACAGAGGGUUGAUAGUGCUGUGUGUGUUCUGCUGUCAACUGCUUUCAGUGGAAUCUAAUAAAAUGCACAUUUGGAACAAAA